GCACAACUAGUACUAUUGCGACUGUGGAUCGCUCAGGGAAAGACAAUAUCAACAUUCCGAACCUAGAAGGAAAUGUUCUUGAUUUGGUUAGUCCUAAUUCCUUUUUAGGUACUAAUUCCACAAAUCCACCUAAUGUAGUGGAGGAGAAUCAGGAUUUAAGUAGGAGAACUAUGGAGAUUGAGGAUAUGGAGAAAGCCAAUGAUUCACUCAGAGACGGAAAUAAUUUUGGUAUGGCAAGUCUUAAUCCUGAUUUAGAAAUGAAAAGGAAUGAUUUUGAUAUGGCAAGUCCACAUGAUGUAGAGGAGGGACAUUUGGAAAAUAUAGCGUUGGUGAUCACCAAUGAGCAGCCUGUUGGCCAAUACUUGCUAAAUUGGCAAAAUUCAUUGGCUUCUGAUUCUACUUUCCAUGUGGAUUGUGAGUAUGUUAGUGCUGAGAACUGUGGUACACCCCUGGAUGAUGAAAGAGGUUUGCUUUGUACAAAGGUCCCACAUGAUAAGGGCUUCCACUCUGAAGAUUAA